CUCUCCCUCUCAAGUUCCGACUCUCCGGUGGCGCUGCUCCGCCGCGUGCUGGCCGUGGAGGUGCAAACAUGUGCCUUUCUGUUUCUUCCAGAGCCACAAAAACUGGCCAAAUGGCCAUUUCUACUCCUUUGCCAUUUCCCUUUGCAUCAACUCUUCGGGAAAGAGCAAAGUUGCCAUCCACCUGUGUUUUGGCUAAUUCCAGACCAUCAAUAGGUAGUGAAGGCUCUCUACUUUACAGCGAUACUCAUAGGCAGUCCCACAUUGUUAGGGCUGUCGAGGAGAGCCAGGAAAGCACUGAAUCAGAUGUUCAAAACAGAGACAAUUUCAAAGAGACUGAAUCGAUUGACCAAAAACCAAACGAGUCGACUGCUGAGUUGACCGAGCUGGGGACUGAGAUAAAGAAAGCGUUGGAGCAGAGGAAGGAGAAAGCAGAUGGCAAUCUGUUGAGUGGUGUGGCAGAGGAGAUUGGGGAGAUUGAGUGGCCCACAUUUGGCAAGGUGUUGGGAAUUACUGGUGUUGUCUUGGGGGUAAUCGCUGGAUCAAGUGUCACCUUGCUCACCUUGAAUGCCAUUUUGGCAGAGCUGUCGGACAAAGUUUUUGCAGGCAAGGGAAUCCAGGAUUUCUUCGGUUAGAAGUGGGAAAAAGGUACAGAGAGUGCAAGGGUUUGUGAGGCCGAGGAACCUUCCUCAUGGGACAAGCUAAGGUUUUUUUCUCACCUGCUCAAGAAUUGAGACAAGUAGUAUGUUGGUUGGGUGAGGCUUUCAUGUUCCAAAGCACAGUGUACUCGUCUCGUAUUUCACAAAGUCAAAUGAAUAUAUUCAUGGCUGGCAAGCAUUUUUGUAUUUAUCCUAAGUCUUGUAGAAGUAAUGAUAAAGCUGCUGAAUGUAGACAAGAUCAAUCCUUCAUGUUCUUAAUCUAUUGUAGAUGAAGACUUAUGGCCUGAGUAAAUCAUGAGAACACUAUUAUUACUCUGCUGUUAUUACUC